AUGAACCAGUUACUAGCAAACUCUGAGAAAGACCAGUUGGUGCAAGAAACAAGAGAACAAUAUAAAGAGAUCCAUCUAAAUUCAAGCAUGUUGAAAAGCAGUCAAGACAUUGUGAUACAUGUCAGCAAAUAG